AUGGAUCAUAAUGACCCCGAAGAGGACCCAACGUCGGACUACGGUGAUUCUAUAGCAACCUCCGAAUUUACUUCAGUCAACACAAGAGAACUAUACUCAUACGAACAUGGAAGGCGCUAUCAAGGCUUUCUACGCGGCCGUUAUGGCCUUCCAAAUGACGAUGCUGAGCAAGUUCGUGAAGGCCUAAAGCACAAGCUGUAUUUGGACUAUCUUAUGGAUGGAAAGCUGUUCUUAGCCCCAAUUGGUGAUAAUCCGCAAAAGAUUGUCGAUCUAGGCACUGGUGUUGGCAUGUGGGCGCAGGAUGUUGCAGAGAACUUUCCCAGUGCACGUGUUAUAGGCACAGAUCUCUCACCAAUUCAACCGCAUUGGACUCCACCGAAUGUCGAAUUUCGAGUGGAAGACCUUGAGGACGAGAACCGCUCGUGGACGAGCAUCUACGCAGAUGCAGAUUUGAUUCAUAUCCGCGCUUUGUUGCAAACACUGCGCAAACCAAGACAGCUAUUGGAAAGAGCUUUUCAAAAACUGAAGCCAGGUGCUUGGAUCGAGAUACAUGAAAUUGUACCUUUCGUGUUCUCCGACGACAACACCGCUGGGUAUGACCAUCCUAUGAACAAAUUCUACCGGCUUGUUGAGGGUCCUUUCACUGAGCUGUAUGGAUGGAAUUUACGCUUUCCCCUCCAGAUCGUUGCAGCACUCCGCGACGUGGGUUUCAUCAACGUCAACGAGCGGCACGAGUUCACCCCAGUGGGUCGGUGGCAUCAGGAGGCCAAGAUGCGAGAGAUGGGGAUUUUCACGCAAAGUAUUCUUGAAGAAUGGGUUACGGCCAUGCUUGGCCGCCCGGAUAUUAUGGGACUUACAGAGGACGAGGCAUAUGAGCUUGGGCAUAGCAUUUUUGAAACUCUCAACAAUACGCGCAUACAUGCACAACUCGAUUGGAUCGAUUGCUGGGCGCAGAAGCCGCUAUAA